AAUCGUAUCGUUAUUGUGUGACGUAUGUUUGUGUCUACUGGUGGUUGUAUUGUCUCUGAUUGUGUGUUUGAAAUUUGUAGAGAUUGUGAAUACACAGUGGGAGGUGUGUGGAGACAUUCUUGAACGUAAUGUGGGAAACUGAGGUGAGGAAGUGACUUGUAAAUGUGGGCUGUUUUAUUGAUCAAUAUGUCGAAUUGUGGGCUGUUUGGGAUUGCUGAUAUGUCAGUUUGCAGGAUGUUUGUUGUGUGACUUGUUGGGAGUUGCUGGUUGUAGUACUGGGGGUGGGUAAGAUUUGACAGUGUAGCUGUGUGGUCGUCGGGCAAGUCGGUCUGACAUGUUAGGGAUAAUUUGCAUAAGCCAGGUGUAAGUUAUUUUUGAACGUGUGGACUGAUUGUUGGCUAUUGGAUAUGUUGUGAUCAAGUUCAUUUUGACUUAAAAGUGUGGGUUGUGGCUUGACGUGUGUGUGGUGAAUGAUUAAUGGAAGCCUGAGGCAGUUGGGUUAAUUUAUUGGUGUAGUGCGUGGACAUUGUACUUGGACCAUUAUAAACCCAAAGCACUGGGAUGAACUAUUUUGUUAAGGGUUGUUUACGAGUGCACUUGGGUCUUUAGUUUCGAGUUUUACAAUUUUGUUAGUUGGUUGGUUUUGUACGUGUACAAGUUGUUAAUAUGUUAGUGAUAUUUUUGGAUUAGGUCGCGACUCUACUACGGUUCAGGUUCCGGUUUUAGAGAAUACGCUACAAGAGUCAGGUGUUGACUGCAAAAAAGAUGUUGAAGCAUGUGCUGGGCAAGGCGUGGAAUAAAGGGAUCAAUGGAUUUGGAGGGGACAAAGUUAGGCCUCCUUUUUUUGUUCUCACAAGCAGUUUCCACAAUGGACAGGUUCAUUUUGCACCAAGAAGCUUCUUUGGGGUAGAGGAUUUCCUAGAUGAUGACAAUAGUCGACCAUACACUUACCAGAAGGGGAAGAAGUCAAAAAAUCCAACUAAGCAUAUAUCGUUCAAACAACGCACUGUAGCCUACAUGGAGCCAUUUACGCUUGAUGUGUUCAUUUCAAAACGAUUUGUGUCGGCCUCACUCACCCACAGGGUGACAAGCAAGCAGGUUGCAGUUGCUGGUACCAACUCUAAAGACAUUAAAGCUGUACUCAAGUCCCGGUCAGAUAUACCAGCAUGUUUGGCCGUUGGUGCUAUUCUGGCCGACAGGGCAAGAGAAGCUGAUGUGUAUACUGCUUCCUACACGCCGAGGGAGAGGGACAAGUUUGAGGGGAAGAUCAGAGCAGUGGUUCAAUCCCUUAUUGAUAAUGGGAUUGAUGUCAAAAUUUAUCUGGACUGAAUCCAGUUGCCUGCCUUUGUUAAUCAACUUUCAUUCGGACCCAUGGGGAUGGAAAAUGCUGUGUAACCCUAGUUUUUUAACUUAUGAAGGCAUCAUGCCAUUAUGCUGAGAAUCAAA